UAAACAUUAUUAUUAAGAAGAAAUUUUUAAACUGAUAAUAAAAAAUAUAUAUCUGUAUAUACUAAUAGUAUUCUAAAUACAUAUAACAAGGAUAGAGAUGGAUAAACCAAAAGGAUUCCACUUUGCAAUAGACAGAGGAGGCACGUUUACCGAUGUGUUUGCUCGUUGCCCAAAUGGCAAAGUUCGUGUCAUGAAACUACUAUCCGUAGACCCACAAAACUAUGAUGAUGCACCAAGAGAAGCUAUAAGGCGCAUUCUUCAGGAGGAAACUGGAAAUGCUUUGGAUAAAGAUGGUAAAGUUAACUCUUCACUAAUAGAGUCAAUUAGAAUGGGCACUACUGUGGCAACAAAUGCAUUAUUAGAGAGGAAGGGUGCUAAGAUGGCACUCGUUAUCAAUAAAGGCUUCAAAGAUCUCUUGUACAUCGGAAAUCAGGCUAGGCCUCAUAUAUUUCAUUUGAAUAUAAAACGUCCCGGUGUACUUUACACAGAUGUUGUAGAAGUGGACUGUCGCGUGAUACCAGCUUUAGAGGAACGUUGCAAAAUUGACAAAUCUAAACUAAACUGGAGAGAGGUUUAUGGUACUACAGGCCAGAAAAUGUUAGUUAUUAAAGAUGUGGACGAGGAAGCAGUACGAAAAGAUUUAGCGGCCAUAAGAGCGAAAGGGAUAGAUAGCGUUGCGGUUGUUCUAGCUCAUAGUUAUACGUAUCGAGAACAUGAAUUAAAAAUUGGGAAAAUUGCUCAGCAACUUGGUUUUAAACAAGUAUCGCUGUCACAUUUGGUCACGUCCAUGGUGAGGAUGGCGCCUCGUGGGUACACAGCGUGCGCUGAUGGAUACCUUACUCCCCAUAUAAGGGAGUAUGUGAAGGGUUUCGCUGAAGGGUUCACGGACAACCUGAAGAAUACCAAUGUGCUCUUCAUGCAGUCAGAUGGCGGUUUAACGCCUAUGAAUAUGUUUAAUGGGUCACGUGCUGUAUUAUCUGGCCCUGCGGGUGGAGUGGUGGGCUAUGCACUUACAUCUUACCAGAAGGAGACUAAUUUGCCUGUCAUUGGUUUCGACAUGGGCGGGACAUCUACAGACGUUUCUAGAUAUGCUGGUGCCCUUGAACAUGUGCACGAAGCGACCACCGCGGGUGUCACCAUACAAGCACCGCAGUUGGAUAUUAACACAGUAGCAGCCGGAGGUGGUUCCAUGCUAAUGUUCCGGUCCGGGCUCUUCGUGGUUGGACCGGAAUCAGCGGGGGCAGAACCGGGGCCGGCUUGUUAUAGGAAAGGAGGUCCACUUACGGUUACUGACGCCAACUUGUUGUUAGGUCGUCUUUUACCGGAAUACUUUCCAAAAAUAUUCGGUCCAAAUGAAAAUGAACCGCUGGAUAAAGAAGCGACGGUUUCCGCUUUCAGGAAGUUAACGGAUGAGAUAAAUGACUACCUCAAACAAGAUGGCGGAAAAGCGCUGACAAUGGAAGAGGUCGCAAUGGGAUUUAUUAAUGUUGCCAAUGAAGCUAUGUGCCGUCCCAUUAGGGCGCUGUCGACGGCCCGCGGGCGCGACGCGCGCGCGCACGCGCUGGCGAGCUUCGGCGGCGCGGGCGCGCAGCACGCCGCCGCGCUCGCCGCGCGCCUCGCCGUGCCCGCCGUGCUCGUGCACAAGUACGCAGGUAUCCUCUCGGCAUACGGUAUGGCUCUAGCCGACGUUGUUGAAGAGGCGCAGGAGCCCAGCGCCUUGGUGUACUGCCCCAACAACUUCGACCAACUAGAUGUGCAGCUGGAUAAGCUGACUGCUGUGUGUAAAGACAAGCUAAGGGCUCAGGGUUUCACAGAUUCUCAAAUAGCAGUCGAACCGUACCUUCACCUGCGUUACGCGGGCACUGAUUGCGCCCUUAUGGUGUCUCCAUCCCACGAAGGUCCUCACUGCACGAAACACGGCGACUUUUACACGGCGUUUAUUGAAAGGUAUAAGAACGAGUUUGGCUUCACGCUCUCUGAUCGCGACGUCCUCGUGGACGACGUUCGCGUGCGCGGCACUGGGAAGAGUGCUGUCGCUGAGGAAAAAGCGCCGCCCAGCGGCAAAGGGACUAAACCGAGCGUGGAAAAGAUUGUAAAAGUCUACUUCGAAGGUGGCUAUCAAGAUACGGCUAUUUACUUGCUGGAAAACUUGAAGCCCGAACAAGAGAUAGCCGGCCCUGCGAUUAUAAUGGACAGUUUGUCCACCAUAAUUGUAGAGCCUGGUAAUUGUGCUGAAAUUACAAAAUAUGGUGAUAUCCGAAUUACAAUAGGCUCGGGUCAGACCAAAACAGUAUCGUCUGAUCUAGACACGGUUCAACUGAGUAUAUUCUCGCACAGAUUCAUGUCGAUCGCGGAACAGAUGGGCAGAGUCCUCCAGAGAACGUCAAUAUCGGUAAACAUAAAGGAAAGAUUGGACUUUUCUUGUGCACUGUUCGGUCCGGAUGGUGGGCUCGUCUCCAACGCGCCGCACAUCCCCGUGCACUUGGGCGCAAUGCAGGAGGCUGUACAAUAUCAAAUGAAAGUUCGGGGUGACUCGAUUAAGCCAGGGGAUGUGUUGCUGGCCAACCACCCCAAGGCUGGAGGCUCUCAUCUGCCAGAUUUGACCGUCAUUACUCCAGUAUUCCAUAAGUCCGGCGCGCGGCCCAUCUUCUUCGUGGCGUCCCGCGGGCACCACGCCGACGUGGGCGGGCUGUCGCCGGGCUCCAUGCCGCCGCACUCCACCGCGCUGGCGCACGAGGGCGCCGCCUUCCGCUCCAUGCUGCUCGUGAGCGGGGGGCGCUUCCACGAGCCCGAGCUCGUCGAAGAACUCAUGAAACCGGGCAAGGUGCCAGGCUGCUCCGGCACAAGGAACUUAGCGGAUAACUUGUCGGACUUAAAAGCUCAAGUUGCUGCCAAUCAAAGGGGUAUUCAAUUAGUAUCAGAACUGAUAGAGGAAUACACUUUGGAAGUGGUUCAGGCGUACAUGACGCAUAUACAGAAGAACGCGGAACUUGCUGUUCGAGAUAUGUUAAAGGAAAUAGCUAAAAAUGCGAUCGCCAAGACCGGCUCAGCUGUCCUCAAGGCGACCGAGUACAUGGACAACGGCACCCCUAUCGUGCUCACCGUGACUCUGGACAAGGACCUCGGUAGUGCCGUCUGCGAUUUCACUGGAACAGGGGUAGAAGUCUGGGGUAACUUGAACGCCCCUCGCGCGAUCACACUCUCAGCGUUGAUCUACUGCCUGCGGUGCAUGGUGGGACAUGACGUGCCAUUGAAUCAGGGUUGCCUGAACCCAGUACAAGUAAUAGUACCCCCCGGGUCUAUCCUCGACCCGUCGGAGGGCGCGGCCGUGGUCGGCGGCAACGUGUUGACGUCACAGAGGAUCGUCGACGUCGUCCUGAAGGCUUUUCAGGUGUGCGCCGCGUCUCAAGGUUGUAUGAACAACCUGACCCUGGGCGAGGAAAACUGGGGAUACUACGAGACCGUGGCCGGGGGCAGUGGAGCGGGUCCGGGUUGGCACGGCUGCGGCGGGGUGCACACACACAUGACCAACACUCGCAUCACGGACGUGGAGAUCGUGGAGACGAGGUACCCGCUGCUCGUCAGCAAGUUCUCCCUGCGAGCGGGCUCGGGCGGGCGAGGUCAGUGGGACGGCGGGGACGGGGUGACGCGCGAGCUGGUGUUCAGAAGAACCGUUCAGCUCUCCGUACUGACGGAGCGAAGAGCCUUCCAACCUUAUGGGAUGAACGGAGGUGAACCCGGUGAGCGAGGCUUAAAUCUCCUACAGCGAGCUGACGGGAGACUAAUCAACCUCGGGGCAAAGUCCUCCAUUGAAGCACAUCCGGGGGAUAAAUACAUAAUGAAUUCUCCGGGCGGUGGCGGCUACGGGCGACCGUUGGAUGCAAUGAACGCAAAUAAACAAACAGACAAGCAAUACAGUGAAUUUUUAGAGAGAGGCAGCGUGUACGAUUAUAAAAGUGCGCAGGAAUCCGCUUAAGGUUGAUUCUCAAAGUCAAUAUGACACACACGCACAAAGCACAACAAUUAACGCACACAGAUAAUAUAAUACAAAUAUUAAUGUAAUAAAAUAUGCGUAUAAUCCAAUAGGCAUAAGUAACAGAGAUGAAAAACUUUUGCAUCGGAAUCGUUAUAUAGAAACGUUGCCGAAAUUGAAAUAUUAUCACGACAAGCAACAAAGUUUCAUUUCAAGUACAAUAUUAGUAGUACAUAUUAUUUACAAGAAUAUUGUUAUUUUGUUAUCUUAGGAUAUCAAGUUAAAGCGCACACAAAUAUAUAGUGCUAAAUGAUAAUAUAUAUUAUAUACAAUAGUUUUUUGUAUACGUAUGUAUAUAUAAACUUACUGUUUUAUUAUGUAAAUGAUGUAUUUUAGGAAGGUAGACAAACAGUUGGGCUAUAUGAACAAGUGGUCACCACCGCUAAUAGACAUGGCAUUGUAAGAAAUAUUAACCAUUUCACACAUCGCCAAUGCGCUAUCAACCUGGGGAACUAAAAUAUUAUGGUCUUAGCACCAUGCAUGCCGAGUAUUAAACAGCUAUUUUAAUAUUAUUACCUGCGUUUAUUACGCUCUUUUAUAAUUUUUAAAUUAAACAAUGAUUUAAAUUGCAAUUAAAGGACUCGAGUUGAUAGUCGAGUAGAGUAGAUAUCCUUCUCUAAUACAGUACAACAGCAGUUCAUUAUUAUUUUUAAUUUAUUAAUUAGAAAGCCAACGUUAUAUAUUAAUACAUUUUUUUAAUGCUCGUAUAAAAAUACUGUAACAAAAUAUAAAAUAAUAAAACAGUCUAAUUCAUAAUGUAAGCAGUAGUCUUUUAUAACAUUACAUUGUCUAUGGAUAGAGACCACAAACGAACAGGCCUCAUUUGCUAGUCUACCUUCCUAUCAAUAAUAAAAAACAAUAAUCUUUGACAAUAAAUAUAUGAAUACGUAACGUGUACCAAAAUA